UUCAUCACAAUUGCUUACCCUACACCCCGAGAAAAAGCUGUAAUGCGGUUGAAGAGUACCGGAUCGACUUCGGGAUUCGAACGGUUAGCCAGCCCAACAUCACGGCAAGCCGUAUCCAGCAAAUCAUCACGGACAAAUGGUUACACGCCCAAUACCCAUCCCGUACAGGAAAGUACAGAGCUUCGAGGCCACGACAAUCCUGCUAUGGAUUACGGCAGCACGGAGAUGGUGACAUUCGGUUUGACGAAUGACAGGCAGCCAGCGUAUGUGACGCGAAUUGCUGUCCAGCCUGAUGAGAUUUAG